AUGCAUUCGAGUAACAAAAGAUCUUUAGUUCCAUCAGUUAACAUUUCUCAUUUAACAUGGAGACCGAAAACUUAUCAUCGUCGGUGGGAUGAGAUGUGGAAUUACUGUACUAAUAACAAAUGUCCAUAUGUUCCUGCAUCUGCUAUGCAGUUACUACGACAUCUGGAACAAGGUCAUCAGGAAUUUGUUAAUACUAAUCCGCUUGUUGUGCUCAUCGAAACACGUCCAAAACGCGCUGAAAAUAAUGGCAGCAUGAUAAAUCUUGCAACAGAUUAUGGUGAUUACCUGAUGAGUCGUUUUUAUGUCCCCCUUGCAGUAAAUAUGUCCAACUCGUCUUUAAGUAUGCCAGAAUACUCUUGUUCUGUAUGUGGUCGGAUUAGCAAGAGUCAGAGGGCAUUAAGUAAUCACCUUGAACGGUGA